AUGGCCAGCUCUCCCAGACUGGCACACCCACCCCGCCGUCACUGUGGGAGAGUUGGGCCUUGUGGGCUUCCUGGUCCUCAGCUCCGCCUCGCCUCGAUCUGGCCGGACAGGGAAAACACUUCUCAGUUUCAGAACAAAAGCAACAACGGAUGGACGGAAGAGGACGAAGUAACGGCGACUCAUCACCGGACCUGAAUCUCACGGAUUGAGAUAUUUGUACCGGAUUUCAGCAGGAUUUAGUCGGGGACCGAACUCCUACGAAAGGCGACAAACUUGGUCGCCUCGCAUCUUUGUAUCCCGACAGUAAUCCGUCGAGGUGCUGGAUAAAUAAGACAAGGGUCAAACAGGCAGACAGACGGUAUUGUUUGCCUGCUCUUCCUCUAAACUUCGGCCAUAAAAAGCGGAGUAGCUGAGGUGGGACUCUGAGUUUCUGUCCUUUACUUUCAGCUCAAUCGGAUUUCAGGAAGAAAGGCGUAUUUUGUCAUUUUCGGUAAGUUUAUUUUUGUGUUUCAGUGAAGCGUGUCUGACGGCGAAGUGCGCCUGUGCAGUGUGAAGCCUUUUAGUUAGUACGCCAUAAAGGGGGAGUCACUGGACUGUUACUGCCACUCGUACAACUUCUACAGCUUUUCCUCACACCGAAACAAAGAUACACCACAUAAACUGCCCCAAUGUGUUAAAGUAAAGCAUCAAACACUGGCGGGGCCACCACAUGAUCUCAUACCCGUGGGUUGCUAUGUGUCACGUAUGACUAAUACGGUGAUUUCAUAAUUGUUUGCUAAUGUUUUUGUACUGUUUACCGUUUACUUAAAGCCUCAAGCGACCCAUGUCGUCUGCCAUGGCGUAAUCUGACAAAAAUAAUGCGCAACAUUUCUACAGCUGUCACAAAUAAUACUUCCUCCUGUAUCAACAGGGGACACUUUUUACACUGUUGUCUUAAACACCUAGUUCACCCAAAUAUGUAAUAAGUACAAAGAGAGAAGAAUGGCAAUAAUUGUAUUGUCAAAACAAAAUCUAAAAUAAAUAGUCCUCUUAUCAAACUGCCUCACUGCCAACUUGACUUUCCCAUUGAGAUAUUUUGUAGAGGGAAAUCAACACCUGUUGCUUAUGAUCAAAAUUAUAUUCAUGUUAAGAUUUAAAACAACAUUUUGUAAGGAAUUUUGAUGUUUCACUUGUGAACUAUGACUAGACUCUGACUCGGGUAUGACUAACAAAACUAAUUUUCUUCUUCCACAGGUUUCAGUUGUGGAAUUGGCCUUUGUGAAGGGGCUGCACUUCACUCUGUGGGCUGAGAACUUGGGAGAGAAACAAAGCCUGACUGGAAAAGGGUGAGAAGGGAGACGGAGAUGGAUUUCCUCAUAGAUCCCUUUGCCCCACGCUCCCACCCUUUGCGACCAGUCCCCCCACUCACACAAAACAAAAGUCAGUCACCACACUUUUGGGGGAGGGGGACCCAGUCUGAACAGGGUUUGGGAUACGACUAGUUUCAUUGGGAGUUCAGAACUAGAAGUGCAAAGAAGAGGGGGAGGGUAAACAGCUGUCAGAUAACUGACUACGGGAAUGAAUGAGAACAAAAAGUUCUUAAAUCAUCAUAGUCCGUACUCCUGUAUGACUGUACUCCAUAGCAGAUAGUUCUUUCUCCUUAUCUUUAAAGUGCUAACAGUCUCUCCAACGGUACUGGCAAUAUCAGUAAUAACAAAUUUUUUUGUUUGUUUUGUUUCUAGUUGA